AUGGAGAUUGUCUCGUCGACAUCGACUUCGGUGCGGCAUCGCGCUUCGGUGGACAGCAACACGAGCUGCAGUACGAGUUGCACCGGUAGCGCCGAAGAUGCGUCGGUUGCUAGCGCGAGAGAGUGGAAGAAGUUGUUCCAGCAGAUUCAGUCUUGCACUUCAGGAUCGACGCGAUCUCAAUGCAGACCUCUUGUCGAUUCGAGCAGUCGACGUGGACGUGGACGCGGAGGUGGAGCCGGUUCUCGUGUUGGUCACCGUCAACCUGCGCAUCAACAACGCUCUGAUGCAUCGUCUUCACUACUCGCACUCAUCCCUACUGCUUGCUCUGACCCGCUCUCGCGCAUCCGCCAUGAAAUCCUCACCACCCCUCUCCCUCCCGAUACCGUCCUCUCACCAACUUCGACCACGUAUCGCAGUAUCGUUUGGAAAGUGCUCCUCAACAUCGUCGAUCUCGACAUCGCCUCCUACCUCUCGCUCGUAGCCAAAGGUCGAUCGCCCUCGCACGACAAGAUUCGCAACGACACGUUUCGAACAUUGGCUACCGACCAAGGAUUCAAAGAGCGAGUCAAGGAGGAAAAGCUUAUUCGACUGUUGGACGCUUUUGUGUGGAAACAUCGUAGCGAUGAAGAGGAUGCAGAGGCGGGGGCUGAUGGGUGUUACGAGUUCAGCUAUGUUCAGGGUAUGAACGUGUUAGCUGCGCCUUUUCUUUAUGCCUGUCAGAGCGAGGUGGAGGCAUUCCGAUGUUUUAGUAGGUUCAUCGAGUAUUGCUGUCCCUUGUACGUCCAACCCACGCUGAGUGGUGUUCAUCGUGGUCUUCAGCUGCUCGACUCUUGUCUAGAAAUCCUCGAUCCACCACUGUUCACGCAUCUACGUUCGAAAAAUCUGUCUGCCGAGAUCUACGCGUUUCCCUCGGUAAUGACUCUAUGUGCCUGCACACCACCGCUUCCUCAAGUCCUCCAAUUGUGGGACUUCCUCCUCGCCUUUGGCGUCCACUUCAACGUCCUCUGCAUCGUAGCUCAACUUCACAUCAUGCGCCAAGACCUACUCGACAGCCCAAGCCCCAUGAAACUUCUCCGUCACCUCCCACCCCUCGAUGCUCGUAAAAUCAUCAACGUCACCGUAACCCUGGCAAGAGACAUACCCAAACACCUCUUCCAACUCCUCGUCAAACAUCCCUAUCACCCAGAUAGCGUUUUCGGCUUCACCUGA